GUAAAGCAGUGAAGAUGGCUGCCGUGGGAAGAGCAUCCACCGUUGCAAUGCCGUCUGGAAAUUAUCCCACGGUAGACAAUCAAAGUGCAGAAGACGAUGACGGCCAGAAUUUAUGGUCCUCUAUUCUGAGUGAAGUAACAACGCGGUCUCGAUCGAAAUUGCCAACUGGUAAAAAUGUUCUUGUCCUGGGUGAAACCAGGGCUGGUAAAACAACUUUGGUUGCCAAGCUCCAAGGCGUGGAGGAGUACAUGAAAGGCAGAGGGUUAGAAUAUAUGUACUUUAAUGUUCUUGAUGAUGACAUUGACGACCAUACCAGAUGUAGUGCUUGGGUAUUGGAUGGUGACCUGUACCACAAAGGUCUUCAGAAAUUUGCUGUAUCUCAGGACAAUCUUGCCAACACCAUGAUCCUGCUGGUUGUGGACAUGUCCAGGCCCUGGCUGGCGAUAGACUCCUUACAGAAGUGGGCGAGUGUGGUGCGGGAGCACAUCGACAAGCUCAGGAUCGUCCCAGAAACCAUGAGGGACAUGGAGCAGAGGCUGAUGAGACAGUACCAGGAGUACACAGAACCAGGCAGUGACUUAACUGCGUCUCCCCAGAGAAGAAACCCAACCAUGGGUGAAACAGAUGACGACAAUGUCUUACUCCCUCUUGGGGACAACACACUCACACACAACCUUGGGGUCCCUAUGAUGGUAGUAUGUACCAAGUGUGAUGCCAUUAGCAGUUUGGAGAAGGAGCACGAUUACAGAGAUGAACAUUUUGAUUUCAUACAGUCACAUAUUCGUCGCUUCUGCUUGGAGUAUGGGGCUGCACUGCUGUACACUUCAAUGAAGGAGAACAAAAAUCUAGAUUUGUUAUAUAAAUACCUCGUCCAUAGACUAUAUGGGUUUCCUUUUAAUAUCCCUGCACAAGUAGUAGAGAAAGACUCUGUAUUUAUCCCCUCAGGUUGGGACAAUGAAAAGAAGAUAGCCAUCCUGUAUGAGAACUUCCAGUCUCUGAAAAUGAAUGACAACUUUGAAGACGUUAUUGUUAACCCUCCACUGGGAAAGUUUGUACAUGAAAAGGAACUUGGAGCUGAAGAUGACCAGGUGUUUUUAGUGAAAUUGCAGUCACUUCUGGCAAAAAAUCCUCCAGCUGCUGCUGGAAGACCUGUGGAUUCCACCAAUAGGGGGCCGAGUGGCUCGCCGAGGACAUCAAACCGCUCCGCCACAGCCAAUGUAGCCAGUGUCAUGCCCAUGCAAUCAGGUACCAAGAAGAUAGAUCCAAACAUGAAAGGGGGCCAGACCAGCGAGGGUGUCCUGGCCAACUUCUUUAACAGCCUACUGAGUAAAAAAAGUGGCGGUCCAGGACCAGGUGGGAAUGGAAACAGUACCCCAGGGACAGUCAAGAAGUCAGUAACGGGAUGCUGGCCUCGCUAAGGUCGGUGGAGCACUCACUCCCUCGCAUUAGCGCAUUCGACAGACAAAAAUGAAUAAUUGAUGGCCAGCAAUGCAUGGUGUUUUGUGUGUGUGUGUGUGUGUGUGUGGACAUCAAUGCAUGGCCAUAACAUUUAUCAGAAAGGCCAGUUGUGUAUGUAUGUGCACCUGAAGCUCUCAGCUGCAUGAUUGCAUGAAUGUUAUUGCUUGAAUAUUCUUGCACCUCCUUUGUCUUGUACUCUAUAUUUCUCAUCAUCAUGGCUAAAGUACCUGACACCUGGCUUUCCUGUUGUCUAUGUAUAUUGCACAGUAUCUGUCAUUAUAUUGCUUGUUGGAUAUUUCCAAAAUCUGUUUGAAAGUUUGAUUAUUAGUUUGUGCUUUAUGAUAGUCCAAUGACUGACUGUUGACCCAUUUGACAUGGGCAGCCAGGAUUACCAUGGUGACCGUGUUCCUGUGGCAUAGAGUUUAACUCACUCGUUAAGCUCCAGAAACUCCUGGGUGUUUCUUCAUGUAUGCUGAUCAGUGGAGUUUCAUGUUUUGAAUAGAGUUCCUGUUCAUGAGUAUGAGGGAAGUAAGUCUGGAAGGGAGGCAUCAAGUAUGAUUCAUGUGCAACAAAGCCCCACGAGGACCUAUCUUAAUUCAACUCUUAAAGCAUUAGUGCUUUUACUGUUUUUGUUUUGGAUUUUGUUAAAAAAAAUGAAAUUCAUCCACAUGAACAAUACACAGCGCUGCACCCAUUGACCCAAGAAAAGAAGGGAAUGAAAAUGAUUGUGGGAUAAAGGGUUUAAAAAAAGAGGAAAAGAGAAGGUGAAUAUAUGAUAUAAUGAUUAUGUGUGUAACAACACACAGACAUACAUAUACAAACACAUUGUUUAAAUAAAGAACACCAAAGUUGAUGCAAGUUGUGAAACAGAUGACUUCCAUUAGAUUAUUGCAAAAUUCAAGUGAAAUAUGACUGAUUUUGGUCAGGAAGUAAUUUUCUGAGUUCACAGCAGAUUUAUGUGUGCAUCCCAUACAUUACAACAUCAACAAUUUACACGCUAAGUCAGGGUUUGUCAACUUUAAUGAUUGCCCAAUAUACAUAUCUCCUGAGAAAUAUCGUAUUAACUUCAAAAGUUAUUUAUUUAAUACUGAAUGCCAUCUAUAUGCUUUUUAGUGUAAAAAGAAAGAAAAAAAACAAAUAAGCCUGGUAAAACAUCUACACAGCUUGGCGGCAGUGUCACUGUGUUAAAUCUUUAUAUAACACGUUCAUUAUGUUCU